AUGGUCAAACCCACGAUCGACUACUCCCUCUACUACGUCACAGGCCGCGAACUACUUCCCCCCUCGUCGAACCCAGAUGACGUCGACGUCGACCCAACGCCGUCCUACCUCACUCACCUCGAAUUAGCUUUGAGAGGAGGUGUGACGGUCGUGCAAAUUAGGGAGAAGGAUGUCGGUGGAAGAGAGCUUUAUCAAGUUGCCAAGAGAUCAAAGGAGGUUUGUGAUCAGGUGAGUUUCGGGGGCAGGGAGUGCGAAUGGGGAAGGCGGGUGGGGCGGGCAGUUCGAUGCGGAGCUUCAAGGACGGUAGGCGUCCUCGAUGACAGAGGGAGGGGUGUCGAGUCAAGUCUGAGAACCGGUAUGGAGGAUAUGCUCUAAGUCUCUUCUGCGCGAAUCGUAACGCCCCUCCUCGACCUGACGAGAUCGACAGACCACCGGCAGACUGAGGAGGAGCAGCUCGGUACAGGUCACUUCUUUGGGUGGUGAGGGCCGACUGAGUUUGCAAGCACUUGGAAAACUCCUUUUCCGGAUACACGACGCUUUGAGGACGAAUCCUUACGAAAUUUCCCCAUCUCGGUCGCCGAGCUGAUUCCCGCGGGAAACUAAUCCCGACCUGCCCCCUAACCCCUUUCUCCUCCAGUACUCGGUCCCCCUCAUCAUCAACGACCGUCUCGACAUCGCACUCCUCCUAUCCUGCGGUCUCCACGUAGGGCAAUCCGACCUUCCCGCACCUCAAGCUCGUCAAUUCCUCGGUCCGGACCAACUUCUCGGCGUCUCCAUCAACACCGUCGAAGAAUUGGAAGUCGUUUUGGCCUAUCCUGAGGGAACGGUCGAUUACAUUGGUGUGGGACCCUGUUAUGGCACAAAGACAAAGAAGGAUUUGAGCCCUGUGCUUGGGAUGAGAGGUGUGAGGGAUUUGUUGGCGAGGUUGGGGGGGAGUGAGAUCAAAGUUGUUGUCAUUGGUGAGUAGCAAAAGUCUCUUCUCAGCCCGGGCUUUUCGUUGGACAGGGGGGGGGGGGCGGGGCCUGAGAUAGCGGCCUUCUGCACACAGGCGGCGUCACACCCGAAACGAUUCCCAACAUCCUCUACCAAACCCCUGCAGCUAUCCCAGACUCCAACGAGUAUCGUCAUCUCGAUGGUCUGGCCGUCGUAUCCUCCAUCGCCGCCUCCCCCGAUCCGGACCAAGCCGCUCGCUCACUCCUGAGCCAAUUCCGCACUUCCCCACGCUUCACCCUCACCCUCCCCACCCCACUCCAAUCCACUCCAACCCUCUUGGACCAAGUGAUCAAUCUGUUCACCCGUCUCCAAUCGACAAGUGAGGAACACCGUACCCUCGUCCACCAUCUGACAAAUCAAGUCGUCAUGAACGACUGUGCGAACCUUACCCUCGCUUUGGGAUGUUCUCCCAUCAUGUCCGUCGUUCCUCAAGAACUGGAUCAACUCGCAGGGUAUUUGGGUUGCCUAUUGCUUAAUUUAGGAACGGCGACUUUGGACCAAGUCUCUGCUCAGAGACAAGCUGGUCGAGCCGCGAACAGAGUCGGCAAAUUGGUGGUGUUUGAUCCUGUUGGGUGUGGAGCGACGGUCCAUAGAAGAGGGAUGGCGGAUCAGUUGAUGGAUGAUGUACGAGUCAGUGUUUGUAAAGGAAACGCCGGGGAGAUUGGUAGUUUGUUGGGGAGCAAGGAGGUCAAAUCUAGAGGCGUUGAUUCGGUUGGGAAGGGGUUCGCCGAUCCGGCGAGUGUGGUCAGGGAUUUGGCGCGGAGGGAAAGUAAGCUGAAGGAGGGGCGAUCGAUUUUCGGUCGACGUUUUGGCCGUCCGCUGAAUCGGAGACUGAUGGCUGUUUUCUUAUUGCAGAAUUCACUGUCGCCAUGUCUGGCGAAGUGGACUACAUCUCCAACGGCGAAGUCGUCGUCAAGUUAUCAAACGGUCACGACUAUCAAGGCAUCAUCACGGGCAGUGGGUGUAUGGCCUCGACGUGAGUCGGUCUCGGCCAUCGCAAUGGGGUUUGGACCGAGUGUAUUGAUCCAACUUGUCUGACACUCGUUUCAUUAGCGCUGUGGCUUGUUUCGCAUCCCUACCGCUCGAAAAGGACGAAACGAUCGCUUCGCGAGCUUUCUUGGCCGCCGUGACAGGGUAAGUUCACACUUCCCAUCUUUCGUUUCCCCCAAGGCCCACGAUUUUCAAAAAAGAAAAACACUUACACGCCCUCUUUUCAUCCCGUAGUAUCACUGCCAUCAACGUCGCCGCUGAAAUCGCCGCUCAACGGAAGGACGUCAUGGGGCCGAAUACGUUCAGGGCCGCGAUGAUUGAUGAAUGUUGGAGUUUGACGGCGGAUAAGUUGAGGCAGGGGGCGAAGUUUCAGGUUCUUUGA